CACGUGUAAUAAAAAACUUGAUCCUUAUUAGUUAUAAGUUAUUAUUUUGAGUUUUUGACUAAUCGUGCCUAAAACAUUAAUACCUUAUAUCCUAACCCAUUACACUCAUUAUAGAUUGAUGAUGUAUAUUAUUAUACUAAGUCAAUAAUUGAUGAUGUAAUGAUCAGACUUUAGUGAACUAGAAUUUCAAAUGUCAACUUAUGGUUUAUCUUCAUCGAAUUCCUUCUAUUAUAGUCGAGUUGCGGGUUGGUCGGGUUACGGGUUCGGGUUAGUCAGGUUGCGGGUUGGUCGGGUUGCGGGUUAAUCGGGUUGCGAGUUAAUCGGGUUGUGGGUUAAUCGUGUUGCGGGUCAAUUGGGUUGCAGGUCGGGCGGGUUACAGGUCAUUGACUUUUAGUCAAAUCGGGUUGCGGGCGGGUUGUGAGUCGAGUUGAUCGGACGGGUUACUCGGGUCGGGUUACAUUUUGACAGCUCUAGUUAUUCCAAUGAUCACAAAUGGGUUAAAGACACAUUUGGUCACUAAGAUUACUAAAUCGGGACAUAUUUAGUCACUAGAAAAGGUUAAUAUCAAAUUUGGUCACUAUAAUUACUAAAACAGGACACAUUUCGUCACUCGCCGUUAGUUGCCGUCCAACUCCGUUAACAGAGUCUGUUAUGUGCUGACGUGGCUAACGUGAGCGUCUAGUCAGCGCUUUUUUGGCCAGGAAAUGGUCAAACCCGACCCGACCCGCCACGUCAGACAUCCAACACAAACCAUUAACCCAACCCGACCCAGAAAUAAACCCUAACCCACUUAAAAAAACAAAUCAGUUUCCAUUUGCAGACCCGAAAACCCUUCUCCUUCCUCUGUCAUCCAAUCCCGACUCCACGACCACCCCCGCCAUGUCAGCCCAACCGCCGCCGUCGGCGAUCAUAAGUGCUUAACCCAUAUAAGAGAAUCACAGAUGUAAAGAAAAUCUCCUUUUCUCCAACCAAGCUCAUCCCUCUCUCUUUCUCCACUCUCUCCACAGUCUAACAAGUUACAACCACCAUUUCCCUCCUUCUUUCACAACUUCAAUUCGGUUCCAUGGCCUGCAAUUCCAACCACGGCGGUGGCUGCGCAAGAAAACAGAGUGACUAAUGAAAGGCAACAGUAGUAACAGUGCAGUAGGCAGAGCACUAAUGUACAACAAUGCUUCAUCAUCCGAGAGCCAGCAGAACCAUCUUUUCCGACAACAAUAAUCUCCAUUGGCUUCCCCAAACGGUAAUUUCAGCAAUUCCAAUGGCGGCCACCAGAUCCCCAGAUCUGAUUAUCACCACCACCAUAUAAAUCCUUACCCAACAACCUUCGUCCAGGAAAAUACCUCAACUUUCAAGCAAGUCGUCCAAAUUCUCACCGGAUCUGCCGACACAGCCAAACAAGCCUCCUCCCCAUGAUCCUCUACAACCGCCGCCAGCGAUGAGGGGCAGCACCCAUUUCCCCAUUCCUCCCAUCAGAAGCAUACCCAACAAGAAACAACAGCAGCAGCAACUCUACGAGAGGAGGAGCAACAGCUUCAAGCACAGUAGCCUCAUGAUCAACACUCUGCUUCUGGGCGCCGGACGUUUCGGCUUCCAUUCCAAUCUCAUCUCAUCUUCUUCCCCUUCCUCCGCCUCCACUACGGAGAUCUUGUCGCCGAGCUUGCUGAAUUUCCCCAAGCUGACGCUGAGCCCAGUGACUCCGUUGAAUCAAGACACAUUCUUCCACAAUAACGGCGCCUUGUCACCCUGCCCCUCAUCGGCGGGGAACUGCAGCAGUAACAGCAGCUCAUCCUCGCCGUUGGAGGAGGAAGACCGGGCGAUUGCGGGAAAGGGGUUCUUUCUGCAUCUCUCUCCGGUGUCGACCCCGAGAGAAUCCGAGCCUCAGCUGCUGAAUCUGUUCCCUCUGACGUUGCCGAGGGCAGAGGAAUCGCAGCCCUGAAAAUUUUCUUUACAUCUGUGAUUCUGUUGGACGGCGGGGGUGGUCGUGGAGGUGGGAUUGGAUGACAGAGGAAGGAGAAGGAAACUGAUCAGUUUUGUUCUUUAAGUGGGUUAGGGUUUAUUUUUGGGUCGGGUCGGGUUAAUGAUUUGGGUUGGAUGUCUGAUGUGGCGGGUUCGGUUUGACCGUAUCCGACCGAAAACGAUGCUGACUAGGCACUCAAGUUAGCCACGUCAGCACAUAACGGACUCUGUUAACGGAAUUGGACGGCAACUAACGGCGAGUGACUAAAUGUGUCCCGUUUUAGUAAUUACAGUGAUCAAAUUUGAUAUUAACAUUUUCUAGUGACUAAACAUAUCCCGAUUUAGUAAUCUCAGUGACCAAAUGCUAGCUUACCGUAUUUAACCAAAUAAACCCCAAAUUAAGGCUCAUCUUUGGAUGAGUGAGAGAAAGCUUACCGUAUUUAACCAAAUAAACCCCAAAUUAAGGCUCAUCUUUGGAUGAGUGAGAGAAAGCAAAAGGAAUCAACCCACCAUUUAUUUAUUUCCUUUACUUUACUAGUUUUUUACCCGCCCGUUGAGCGAUGUAUUUUGUUUGGUUGUUAUAUAAUUCGUUAUAGUAUUCUAAUUGUUAUUAUUAUUUAUGUUUGCUAAGGUAAUAUACAUGGAAUUGUAAAUCCUACUUACCUUAUUUCAGGUAUUAUUUCAUACUUUUAUACCUUUUUUUUUAUUUAUGAACAUUUUAAUUUUAUUAACUGAGCUCUUUAUAGACGGUUCUUUAUUGAUUUAGAAUUUUUUUUAUCGAACUCACCCUUUAAGAUUAUAAACAUAAGAGAUUAUUCAUUCUUUAGCACAAAAUUGUGAUAAAGAAGUUAAAAAACUUACGGCCACAAAAGAAGAAGUUAGAAUAAGAAAAUGUGCUUCAAUUAAUAAAAAAAAUAAGCGAAGAGCUUUUUAUUUUCUCUCUCUUCUCAUAUGUCGGUAUAUGAGAAUAGAGAAUAUUCCGAUCUAAAUCCCAUGAAUAUCAUGUAUUAUCACUUACACAUACAAUAUUGGAAUAAUGAGGAAAAUUAUUAGCAUCCAUGUCCAUCAAUCUCCUACGUACUUGUUUAAUUACAUUGAAAUGUUCUAGCAAAACCAACCAAAAACAAAACUAUCAGCUGUCACUAACUUAUUAAAGCAAUAUUUUUAGCAAAUUAAACUGCAUAUAAUUAAACACAAUUUAUAUUUUGUAGAGAGCUACAUAUCUUCUGCAGAAAAGAAUUGUGCUUUAUUACCUAAUAACAACAUAGACAAAUAAUGAAAGGAGCAGUCUUCAAUACAACUCAACUCAUUUUAUCAUUCAGAUUCCUCAUUUGUGAACUGAAUAUAUGCACCAAUCCAAAUAGUAGUCUGUAAGAAAACAAUCAUGUCAAAAUCAAUCUUUAAUUAGGGAUUCAGUGAAGAAAAAUUCACCUUAAUGAAACAAACAAAUAUCACCGCAAACAUAUAGAAAUUAAAAAAUCAUAGAAAUAGACAACCGAGAAACCACCAUUAUCAUUUUCUUUCUGCUUCGCGACCUUUAUAAAACCCCACUUAUGUUCCCUUCUACUUAUAACCCCUUUGCUACCUACUAAUUACUAACCAGAUCAUCAUUGUAUAGCUAGCUAGUAGUAGCAUGUCAAUCAUGAACAUAAAAUAUAAUAAACAAUAAUCACAACUCUACUUUCCAUUUCAACAUUCAAGAAAUCGGGUUGCAAUAGGCAUUCAAGAAAAACGAACAAUUAUUCAACCAAAGGAGGUAUGCCCUAAGUCCAACCAAUUAACCCUUCUAAUUAUAUUUUAUACACAUGAAAGUAUAUGGCGACCCUUCUCAGUAAAAAACAAAGAAGAAAUAUAUUCACUCAUCGAGAGUGGGAAAAUUUACCAUCCAGCAGUCGUAAUUUGGAAGAAAUUAAGAAAAGAAUGGGAAAAAAUUAUAACUCGACCAGUCAACCCUCGGCUUGGUUCAACUCAUCUUCACAAUGAUCAUAUUAACUUUUUUCGUCAACAGGCAAAAAUAUAUUACAACUGCUCAAAAUUUUGUCAUCUUAUCGUUGUCUCGUGUAAUUUCUGCCUCCUAUUCUCAUACAAAGAAAAAAUGCAUUACCAUUUCCUUCUCUAUAAAUUAUGAGAAUACAAAUAUUAGAAAUCUCAAAAAACUUAGCAACUAAUAAGAGGGCUUUGUUUAUUUUUAUGGUGGUUGACAUAAUUUCUUGAUUUCUUAUUUUCAAUGUUGGAUUUUAUUUCUAGAGAGACAAUCAAAAUGGGGAAAGGGAUAGAGACUAAUUAAAAGUUUUGAUUAAUAAUUAAUAUGUUUUUAUUUAAUAGAAAUGAAUAAGAAGUUUUUUAAAAAAUAACAAUUAUUGCUCUGUCAAGUUUGUAUUCAGACAUUUUGCUAUAUAAUUUAUAGUUGUUUUAUUUGAUAGGUAUAUACAUAAGAAUGAAGUGAGUGUUUGAUAGCAAAAAACAUAUAGUCAUAUCGUUCAUUUCUCAAAGUCGAUUGAUUGUCAAACGUUUAUUUUCUCAUAGAUCAUCGUUUAUAUCUUGUAUUGAAAAAUAUUAAUAUUUAUGUGUGUGCUUGUUUUUUUUUUCUUCAUCAAAAUGUAACUUAUUAUUAAGUUUUAGUAAAAAUGAGUAGAAAAUUUACUUAAUCAGAUUUAAUCAGCUUGGGUUAAACAAAUACAAUAUAUGUCACUCUCUGUUUCCAUCUUUAUAGUUUGUUUAAUCGAAUUUUUUUAUUACUUAGGUGUGUGUUUUUUGUUUAAAUGUUUCCUAAAAAAUUAACUUAAUUUUAAUUUUAGUAAAAAUGAGUAGAAUUAUUAAAAGAAGAGAGAGACAACUUCAUAAAUAGAUCAAUAAAUAGUUUUUUGUUUGAAAAAAUUGUCCACCUUGACAACUUGUGCAUUCACCAAGUGCUUAUGUGGCAAGAAGUUAUUUUUGAAUAGCCAUAAUAUUUAGUAUAGAUAGAUAGAUAUAGAUAGAUAGAUAGAUAGAUAGAUAGAUAGAUAGAUAGAUAUAGAUAUAGAUAAAUAGAUAGAUAGAUGUGUGUGCUUGUUUUUUCUUCUUCAUCAAAAUGUAACUUAUAAUUAAGUUUUAGUAAAAAUGAGUAGAAAAUUUACUUAAUCAGAUUUAAUCAGCUUGGGUUAAACAAAUACAAUAUAUGUCACUCUCUGUUUCCAUCUUUAUAGUUUGUUUAAUCAAAUUUUUUUUAUUACUUAGGUGUGUGUUUUUUGUUUAAAUGUUUCCUAAAAAAAUAACUUAUUUUAAUUUUAGUAAAAAUGAGUAGAAUUAUUAAAAGAAGAGAGAGACAACUUCAUAAAUAGAUCAAUAAAUAGUUUUUUGUUUGAAAAAAAAUUGUCCACCUUGGUAACUUGUGCAUUCACCAAGUGUUUAUGUGGCAAUAAGUUAUUUUUGAAUAG